UACGAGUUCUCACCCCGAAGUAGUUGUUAUUUCCCAGAAGACGCUUCCGAAUGUCGUCACCUUUUUGAAAAGUAUAUUGGCGAUACCACGGUUUCUUUUCUUCGUAUUGUCCGUCACCAUAUCUGGUACGAAAAGUAUUGGUUCAGUACUGGCAGUUAUUAUAGUGACGACAAGAGUCGAACCCCGGUUAAAAGAAGACCAGACAUUCUUUAUAUGGAGCAUGGCGUUCCCUUAGUGGCGGUUGAAGCAAUGGGUCCUGAAUUCAGUGAAUUGGUCGAAGAUGGACUCGACGAGUCAAGCGAGGCGUUCAAGUCAAUCAUAAGACAAGUAGGCGGGUUCUUUGUUGGCUGCAAUACAACACGGGCUAUUGUAACCAAUUUCCACUACUCUCUUUUCAUUGAAAUUGAUGAAGUCAAACUCGGUCAGCUGAAGGGGUCUACAGGGAUCCCGUGCAAGUAUAGACUAUUCCCGUUGAACAGAUCUGGAUUAACGGUGCAAGCAGCACUAUUAUCGUGGCUCUUUUUCGAAACCACCGAAGAGCUCGAGCUCCGUGGAGCAAGCCAGGAGGGAACCGUCAAUGCGUUCAUCCAAGCCGUGGGGAAGGAGAUUGGCCAAGACGAAGAGUCACUUAAUGCACAGAUAAGAGCAAAACUCACCAACUCAAGUAAUGCCCAGCGGGAUAUCAACCACGAAAAGAGCCAUUCGCAUAUUGAAGGGGCCUGCGACUCAUGGACUGGGUUUGAAGUACUACAAGGGGAAGGUCACGAUCGACAUGUUUACAAGUUCAAAGUGGAUUUGAUUUGCCAAUACUUCCCCUUUUUCAACCAAGUGCUCGGAGCGUUGAGCCAGGAUGACCUGGUGGUAAUGAAGCUUUUCAUUCCCGAUGUCAUUGCAGAACUCGAUCGAUGGCCGACAUCUAACAUGAGAGAAAUCAAAAUGUGCAUUGAACUCUUCCUUAGAGAGGCUUCGUGCUACGAGCGCAUUCAAAUACAUAAUGCAAGUGCUGAUGAGCAAAUUCACACUCCUACUCUCUAUCACUAUGGUGGGUUCCGGAUGAACGUCAAACACCGGAAGCCCAUUGACGGAUACUACUUAUUGCUCUCGUACGUCGAGGAACACGACACCAAAGUCACUAAGUCGAUGGUUGAGCAGGGAUGCAGACAGCUCCAAAUGAUGGGGGGUCUUGGAAUCAGCCAUGACGAUAUUGCAAGAAGGAAUUGCAAAAUUUCCAACGGCAACAUUGUAUUUCUAGAUUUCUCUCAUGCUGCGACCCGGUAUCAGACAUACAAUAACUCUCCAGAUAUAAGGGUUCUUAAGAAGAUCUUUCGAUACGACGAGCUCUAAUCAUUCUACUCAAUAUAUUACCUACGUAAAGUAACCUCUCACACAUACCGUCUCCCAAUCGAGUUUCGCUUAAGAGUGGAUUAAGUACAAGUAGUCGACGGCACCUGCCGUGUAAUCAAAAGCAUCGCUGGCCAAUCACACGCGACUGAUGGAAUCGAUAAAGUUUGACACAAUUGUCCCGGUCGAGUGGCGGCAGCCGAUGGUUAGUAAUGCGCGCACGCUGAUUG